GUGCCACGGUUGCAAGGACACACAAAAAAAAAAUAAUUAUCCCCCUUCUUUUUUAGCGCAUAAUGGAAAGACCGAAACGACAGAGUACAGUGGAUAAAGAUUAUAGGGAACAUAAAAGAUCAAAAAAAGGCGAGACCGCAUCUAGUCCAAUAAAAGAAGAAUCACUAUCUCCGUUUGAACAACUAUACAGAGAUGUCGUCAAUUAUAGAGAUCCAGAAGAUGAGGAUUAUGAUAUUACAGCCAUCUUUAUGAAAUUACCUUCUAAAAAGGAAUAUCCUGACUACUAUCAAAUUAUUAAACAACCCAUCGCGCUUGAAACAAUCAAAAACAAGGUUGAAAAGAACAUGUAUCAAAACAUUUCUCAAAUGAAAGCAGAUAUAGAAUUGAUGGUUUCUAACGCGAAGAAAUACAAUAUGAAAGGAUCUCAAAUUUAUGAAGAUGCUAUCAAGAUUCAAAGAUAUGUAAAAGGAUGGCAGGGAGUGAAAGAAAAGGCAGUAUUGAAACUUCCUGGUGAAGCAUUUAAUAGUGCUCCAAAGAUUAAGGCGAUUAAAUUGAAAGCGAUAGAUAAACCCAAAAAAUCCUCUAUCAAUACAAAAGCACUCAUGACAGCUAUCAUCAAACGAGAGGUUAAAAAGGCAUUAGAGCUGCUGGAUACAGAUCCACAGAUCGACCCAAAUGAAUUGGUACCUGCUGAAAUGUUUAAUGACAAGUUCACAUGGGGUCCGCUUCAUGCUGCUUGUUAUUAUGGCGAUAUCAAGCUUGUAGAGGCUCUCAUUGCGAAAGGUGCAGAGGUAGAGAAGCAGGAUACUUGGCAUUCAGCUACUCCCCUUGGUUGGGCUGCCUUUGGUGAUAAGCAUAACGUGGUUCGAUUGCUAUUACAAAAGUAUAACGCUAAUAAGAAUGCUAAAAAUGUGCAUGGACAAGUACCAUUUGAAUUGGUAUCAAAUCAAGAUGAUCCAAGAUGGAUUGGGUUAUUCAAGGUGAGAUUUCGAAAUACUAAAGAGAAAGAAUGCACAAGAUAACACAUUAUUAGAAUGCACCUUCAGUACAGCAACAACAACAGCAACCACAACCACAAACACAGCAAGAGCAACAGUCUCAGUCUCAGUCUCAGCAAAUGAAACAAGAACCACCCUCUCAACCAUCACAACCUCCUCCUCCUAUUCC